AUGUUUUGCAGAACUAUUUUAAGACCGGUAAGUCGGGUAUCUGUUCAUAGACUGCAACGUCGAAUUGAUUCACGAUAUGCAGCUACCUUGAUUAAGAACUAUGAUAAUGAGAACCCGAAAUCAGUUGUUAAUUCAGUUGAAAUACACUCAAGGUUAUUUAUAGAAGAAAUUACAAAUCCAAUGAGUAGUAUAAUGCGCGAGAAUUUCGAUGCAGAGUGGUUACACAGUAUGAAAUUAAAGGAAGCGAAUGUUGAGAAUAAUGAGAAUAAUGAACCUUCAUCAAGGAACGAGGAAGAAAAAAAUCCAGAAGAAACAAGUAUUGAGGAGAGCUCGAAUAUCAUGCGUGAUGUAAAUACUUCAACUUCCUUCGGAGGAACAGCGCAAAGAGCUUCGAAUAAUUUAUCAUCAAAUGAUGAUGAUAAUAAAGGCUGGAUUGCGCAGGGAAAUCGCUUUCAUCCUAGGGAAACUUAUCCUCCGUUAAUAGUACUAUCGGUAAGGAAUCGACCUUUAUUUCCGGGGUUUUAUAAUACCAUUACCAUUAAAAAUCCACAACUUAUAGAAGCCUUAAAGAGGAUAAUGGAAAAAAACCAGCCGUAUGUGUCUGUAUUCUUGGUUAAGGAAAGUGAAAAGGAUCUAGAAGCUAUCACCGAUAUAAAUGAGGUUCAUGACAUUGGUGUGUUUGCGCAGAUAACUAGCCUAUACGAAAAGGACAAUCUUCAAGAAUCUGGGAUAACAGUUUUAUUAUAUGCUCACAGACGAGUUAGGUUACAUGAAGUAUUUACACCAUUAGACUGGAAGUAUUUGGAGUCCGAGGAAAAGUAUGAAGCAAAUAAUCGGGAUAAUGUAAAUAAUAGAGUGAAUGAACUUAAAGUUACCGGGCCAACCGAUUACCUAAGAGAUCUUCAUGUGGCUACAGGUACUGUAUCAAAUGUUGAGGAUAUUGCACUUCCCGAGGGAAAUUUUAAGAAACCUGCUUUAACGAAUUCUAUUUUCACAGCAAUGAAGAGCCUUGCAUCUAUAGAUAAGAGUUUUAACGAACAAAUUGCGUCUUUUGCGAAGAAGUUUGACUUCGAAAAAGAGAUUGUUGCUGAAGAUGCAGGUUUCUUAGCUGAUUUUGCCGCAUGCUGUUCCCAUGCUACCCAAGAAGAACUGCAAGGAGUCUUAGCCACUGCUGAUGUUGGGUUGCGGCUUGAGAAGUCGUGGUCACUUUUAAGAAGAGAACUAUUAGCUGCCGAACUGCAAGUGAAACUUAACAAAGAAGUCGAUGAUAAAAUAACUUUCAAGCAUCGAGAGUAUUUGUUGAUGGAGAAACUUAAGGCUAUUAAAGCUGAAUUGGGUCUUACUGACGGGCGGGAAAAACUAUUAACUACAUUCAGGGACCGCAUGGCAAAAUUAAAUCCACCAGAAAACGUCCUGACAAUAUUUAAUGAGGAGAGCGCAAAGCUUGCAUCAAUGGAGACGCAAUCAUCUGAGUUUACAGUUGUUAGAAACUAUUUGGAUUGGCUUUCUAGUAUUCCAUGGGGCAUUUCUUCUGAAGACCAGUUUUCUGUUCCUGAAGCUGAAAAGAUUUUAAACGAAGACCAUUACGGUAUGCAAGAUGUAAAGGCUCGGAUUUUGGAGUUUAUCGCAGUUGGAAAGCUUCUAGGUAGAAAUAGCGGUAAAAUACUUUGUUUUGUUGGUCCUCCUGGUGUAGGUAAAACUUCUAUUGGGAAAUCCAUUGCUUCAUCUUUAAAUCGUAAAUUUCAUAGGGUUUCUGUUGGUGGUAUGAAUGAUGUUUCUGAGAUAAAAGGUCAUAGACGGACUUAUGUCGGAGCAUUACCUGGUCGCAUAAUGCACGCAUUAAAAAUGUGUCGAACUAUGAAUCCAUUAAUUUUAAUUGAUGAAAUAGAUAAAAUUGGAUCAGCAAAUAUGCACGGUGAUCCCACAUCAGCUUUACUAGAAACUCUAGACCCAGAGCAAAACAAGGAAUUUUUAGAUAAUUAUUUGGAUACUGCUGUGGACUUAUCAAAUGUGCUAUUUAUUUGCACUGCGAAUACACUUGAUACACUCCCAAGGCCACUUUUAGAUCGUAUGGAAGUCAUUGAAUUGAGCGGCUAUGUUGCAGAAGAAAAGUUAAAAAUAGCAGAACGGUACCUCAGCCCAGCCGCUAAGAAAGCCACUGGUUUAGAGGAUGUUGACGUUACCAUAACAUCAGGUGCAAUCAUGGAAUUGAAUAAGAAAUAUUGUAGGGAAAGCGGAGUUAGAAAUUUAAAAAAUCAAAUUGAAAAAAUAUACCGUAAAACAGCCUUGAAAAUUGUGCAAGAAAUGCGUGAAGAUUCUGAUACUUCAACAAAAACUACCUCUGAAGUUGGAGGUAAACCGCAUACCGCCUCUAAAGCGAAAGGAAAAGAAAUCCCAAUUAUUGAAGACUCAAAUACUAAAAAACUCGGCCUUGCAACGUCUGAUGAGCCACCAAGUCGUCAAAGAUUAAAAAUCCCUAAGUCGGUAUCGAUAGUUAUCACUGAAGAAAACUUAAAGGAGUUCGUUGGAAGCCCCAUAUUUUCCUCUGAAAGAAUGUAUGAGAAGACAGUUCCUGGUAUCGCCAUGGGCUUGGCGUGGACCUCUAUGGGUGGCUGCUCUAUGUAUGUAGAGUCGGUACUACAGCAACCCUUGUCAAUUGACUCUACACCGAGCUUAGAACGCACUGGACAGUUAGGAGAUGUGAUGAAGGAAUCAUCAAUGCUUGCCUAUUCUUUCUCUAGAAUGUAUUUAUCAAAGAAAUUCCCUGAGAAUAGGUUUUUUGAAAAGGCAUCUAUCCAUCUACAUUGCCCAGAGGGCGCUACUCCAAAAGAUGGUCCUUCUGCAGGGAUUACAAUGGCUUCUUCUUUGAUUUCACUUGCUUUAAAUAGGCCUAUUGAUGCCGCCAUUUCCAUGACCGGAGAGCUAACACUAAGUGGUAAAGUCUUACGUAUUGGUGGGUUAAGAGAAAAAGUAGCAGCAGCUAAACGUGCAGAUUCAUCAGUCAUCAUUUUCCCAAAAGAUAAUAGUUCUGAUUGGGAAGAGUUACCAGAACAGGUGAAACAGGGGAUAAUUCCGGUUAUGGUUGAUUGGUACGAUGAGGUUUUUGAGAAGCUAUUCAACAAUUUAAGUACGCAGAAAGGUAAUAGUGUUUGGGAUGUUGAAUUUAAAAAAAUUGACUUCGAUAGUCAUGAAAAGCAACGCCAUAAUUCAGCAGCCUGA